AUGGAGUUUGAGUCGUGGAAAGCCGGUGUCUCAUCUAGUAUGGAUGCAUUUGCUAGGGAAAAUAGAAGGCUAAGAUUGGACGUUGAAAAGGUUGCAAAUGAUCAAGCAAAUCUGGAAAGUAAAGAACUCGCUGUGCUAGCCGCGAGUCUUUUCUUUGUGUGCUUUUCAACUAUCAUGCUAGUUUCUGCGAAAGUUUCAAAAUUCUUAGGAUCGGCUUCAUAUUCGGAUAAGGAAUGCCGGACUAGCAGUGGUUGGAUGAUGAUACUAGUUAGCAGCACGAUGAUAAUAUUCGUUACACUACUCUCCACCUAG